AAAUGACAGUCAAGCUAUCCAAUUUGAAAUUUUGCUAGAAAUACAAGUUUUUGCCUUUACUUUUUUGUUUAUUUUCAAUUUUUUGUUAUUAAUUUUUAAGUUAUUUAUUUAUCUUUUAUAAUUUAAAAAAUAAUCCAUAUAAUGAGCCAAACUCCAAAAAAAUCAGCUCGCAAACAAAUCCUCCCAUCCGAUUCAUAUAAAACUCCAAACAAAAAACAAUCUCGUCCUCGUUUGGAAUCUAUCGAAAAUCUAAGUACUGCCACCGAAGAUGAACCCGAUCAAGAUCAAGCUAGAUCAAUUCGUAAAUCUGCUAAAAGAAUAACUCCCAACAAAAACAUAUCUCUUCUUCGUUUGGAAUCUAUCGAAAAGUUAAGUACCGGCGAUGAGGAUGAAUCCGAUCAAGCGACAACAACAACUCGGAAAUCUGGAAGAAAAAUAAGUCCAUCGAAGCGUUAUAAUGAGAAUGAAUUUGCUCUGGAGUUACCUGGUGACAAACGAAAAAAACAAAAAGGCGAUCAAGAGGACAGAAGGAAUGCUACAUAUAUUUUCAGUGAUUCCGAUGAAGAAGAUGAAGCACCUGCAGAAAUUGUUGUUGAAAAAGAAACUCAAUUCUUUGAGGAUGAUUUGGACGUUGAAGGUAAAAGAAUAUACGGCUUCAACACUCCAAAGAAGCGAGAUGGAAUGGCCUUAGCAGCUGCAGCAACCCCCAAGACACCAAAAACACCCAAAACCCCUAGAAAUACAUCGAAGACUCCAGAUAAGAAGAACAGAGCUGCCUUGGAUCCCAAAACGCCGAGUCAUGUUAGAAACAAGGUCAAAACACAAAUCGCCAAACUCCUUGAAGACAACUCCAAUUCUGACUUCUCCGCCGAUGAUAGUGACUUCCAGCCAUCUCCAGACAGUGCGUCAGCAUCCUCUGCCGAGGAUGAUGAUGAUGAAAGUCAGCCCCAGGACGACGAAGCAGAAGAUGAUCAGCCAAAGAAAGGUCGUCGCCCGAUCAUUGUACCAGUUCUACCGAAAACCCCCUCCGCCUCUAGAGUCCGCCGAUCAGCAGCACGAAAAUUAAACUCUGAGUACGUUCCUGAAAGCGAUGGCUACUUCACGACACAUUCCAGCAACAAAAUUCACACAUCCGAUCACACUCUGGAUCGCUUGAAGAAUCCCCGCCUGCCAGCUGACAAACUAUUCAGCCUGCUAGCCAGCAUGACGCUGUCUAAGGAACACGAAAAGGCAAUCUCUGGGAUUUUGGAUGAAUACAAGACUUAUUUCUCCAAAUGGAUGUACAUUCUCAAUGAAGGCUUCAACAUUCUCCUCUAUGGACUGGGUUCGAAGAGGAAUCUCCUGCAACGCUUCCAUCGAGAAGUUCUCUCCAAACAAACGGUUUUGGUUGUAAAUGGAUUUUUUCCCAGUCUGACCAUCAAGGACAUACUAGACAGCAUCACCAAUGAGAUUUUGGAUGUGGGGACAAGUCCGGCGAAUCCACACGAAGCUGUAGAUAUCAUUGAAGAGGAGUUCGGGUUGAUUCCAGAAACCCAUUUGUACCUGAUUGUGCACAAUAUUGAUGGAACUAUGUUAAGGAAUUCCAAAGCCCAGGAGAUUCUAUCGCGUUUGGCUACAGUGCCCAAUAUACACCUCUUGGCGUCAAUUGAUCAUAUCAACACACCUUUAUUGUGGAAUCAUACAAAAUUAAGUAACUACAACUUUUCUUGGUGGGAUGUAACCACUAUGCUGCCGUAUAGCGAUGAGACUGCUUUCGAAAACUCGCUACUCGUCCAAAAUUCUGGAGAACUGGCUUUGUCGUCUAUGAGAAGUGUGUUCUCGUCGUUGACACAAAAUGCCAGAGGAAUUUACAUGAUUGUUGUGAAAUAUCAAAUCAAGAAUAAAUCUAAUCCAAAUUAUCAAGGAAUGCCAUUUAAAGAUCUUUAUUGGAGUUGUCGAGAAGCAUUUUUAGUUAGUUCAGAUCUUGCUUUAAGAGCACAAUUAACAGAAUUUUUAGAUCACAAAUUAGUUAAGAGUAAAAGGACUUUGGAUGGAUCUGAACAGUUGCAAAUUCCAAUUGAUUCGGGAUUGUUGCAACAAUUUCUCGAUGAGCAACAAAAGUAGAAAUAUAAGAAGUAUUUUAAACUGCUUUGUUAUUUUUUGUUUUAAUUUAUUUAUUAUUAUGCAAAAAUUGUGUUUAAGCUUAAAUAAAGUAUGUAAUUUGUUUGAAUUUAAUACAAUUGUUGUGGAAUCUAACUUGUUUUAAAGAAAAAGUAAUACAUAACCGAAAAAUAAACUUAUUUAAA